AUGAAUCAGCUGCCGUACUUCCUGCAGCCUGCCGCCCGUCGGCAACCUCGAUAUUCAAUUCGACCGUUCUACACCUCGUUGAUCCUGCUCUCGGUUCUUGCCAGUGCGAGCUGGCUCCUAAGCAUCACCGGGAAUAGGGAUGGACUGUUUAAACAGGCGGACCCCGCAGCAGGCAUCGGCCUGUUCAAGCGAGAGAGCGAACUAGAGUGCCGUUUAGUUCGCAAAGCCCAUGAUAAGUGUGCCUUCGUCCGCACCAAUUGUCCUGAUCACGAAGAUGGAUUGAUUUCCUACCUUCAGUUUUACUACUGUGGACUGGCCGAUGCCAAAUUAUUUGCGUUUAUAAUCUUGAUCGUCUGGUUGUCGUUGCUCUUUAGUACCAUCGGAAUCGCGGCCAGCGAUUUCUUGUGUAUCGAUCUGAGCACAUUGGCUAGUAUAUUGGGAAUGAGCGAGAGUCUCACAGGCGUCACUUUCCUCGCGUUUGGCAAUGGAAGUCCGGAUGUGUUCUCCACUUUCGCCGCCAUGCGAUCGAACAGUGGAAGUCUGGCAAUUGGUGAGCUGAUCGGGGCCGCCACGUUCAUUACCUCGGUGGUCGCGGGCUCUAUGGCCUUGGUUCGGCCAUUCAAGGUUGCCCGCAGAAGUUUUGUUCGAGACGUGGGGUUCUUCAUCGUGGCUGUUGUCUUCAGCAUGUUCAUGUUGGCAGACGGGAAACUCCACGCGUGGGAAUCAGCUACCAUGGUGGGCUUUUAUGCUUUCUAUGUCAUCACAGUGGUGAGUUGGCACUGGUUUCUCGUACGACGACGCCGAAGGAACGAGAGAGAUCUCGCGGCACGAUCCCAUUUCCAUAUUCCUGAUAACCAGGAGUUGGAAAUUGAAGAGACAGCCGAUGAUGAUGACCCGGGUGUAGCAUCGGAGUCGCGAAGCCUCCUUCGUGGCGCAUCAACUGAAGACUUUGAUCUUCUGGAGCGCACCGAGGCUGUUCCUGUUUGGAAAGAGGAAGAUGAUAACGAGGACGAUGAAGAUAACGAGGACGAUGAAACCCGGAAUCGAUACUUGGCUGAGAUUCGCGACAACAUGCACCUUCACCGGCCCAUGCGAUCGCGACGCAACACUAUGAACCCCAUCCGGCCAAGUCUGGUUGGUGCACUGGAGUUCCAGUCUGUGCUUCAUUCGCUGCAAAAGUCAAGAAGCACACAUCACAACCCAACCAUAAGCUUGAACAGCUAUUCGGAUGACGGCGAGCCUGAGUUCGAUAGACGCUCAAUAGCGUCACAUCCUCGUGCCAGUCGGCCAACCGGUACCAAUGAUCGACUCUCGCCUUCAAGUGCAGCAGGCUCAUCCCGAGUGCGAGCUGUAUCUGCUAAUGAUGCCGAGGGUCUGAAAUUAGACACUAGUGUCCUGGAGCCUCGGCAAAACCAAGGCCCACUUCUCACUGUAAGCAAGCCUUCUUUUGAGGAUACCCCAGGUCAGGACGCCAUGCAGGCGCGCCAGCUCCCUCGCCUCGAUAUUAGCAAUGCCCUGGCUGUGUCUCAGUCAUCUUCUGCCCACCAGUCGCCCAGUGCGAGCCCCCUCAUAGCAGAACCUCAGACCCCGGAUCGACUUGCCCCAUCGGACGCUUUUACUCCCCCAAAUUACCAAUCCCUAGGAGUACAGGAACGCUCUCCGAUGACAGUCUCGCCCAGAGGUACUGCAAGCCGUCGUCACUCUGGAUUUGGCCUGGAAAGUCCUUCGAUACCUUUCCCGUCCUAUACAGACUUGCCCUCCCUCACAUCCUCGCGAGCACCCAGCAUUCGACUUCCAUUCCCUACCAGUCCGUUAGAAAGGCUCCAUGUCCAGGACGACUAUGACCACUUUGCUCAUGUAGGCUCUCCUUUGCGGAAUUAUCUGAGAAAUCGGUGGCCUAACUCGAUUCCCUCCCCCAAACAGAUUGGCUGCACACUCUUCCCAACUUUGGCAGGCUGGAAAUCCAAAAACGUCUGGGAGCGAUUUCUUGGUAUAAUUGCAGCCCCCAGCGUGCUGCUUCUUACCAUUACAGUCCCAGUCAUUGAACCACAACCCCCGGAACCCAUGGAAGCAGACCCCAUUCCUUCUGUCGUCAUUCAAGACGUUGGAGAUGGACAAAACCCUCCUCCUCUCGUCAGACUUCCAGCCGAUAGUCCAAUCAUCUUACCCCAGGAACACGAAAACGGCGGACCUCAUUCUCCUGAUCUGCGCCCAACACAUCCCCACCGCAAGUACUCGUACGAACCCGCAGGACGCCCUCGCUGGGAUUCCGAACUACCGCCCGUGCCUGUAUCCGGCUCGACAGACCCCAUAGCCGCCAAAGACUGGAACCGCUGGCUGGUCUCAAUCCAACUUUUCACGGGUCCUUUCUUUGCCGUGCUGAUCUCCUGGACAACACUGGAUGAAGAGCUCAACCCACGCAACCUCAUCCUACCCACCCUCUUCUCCCUCCUCUUCUCAUCCAUCUGCCUUACAUUCCUCAUAAUCAGCACCCGUCGUCACCAAACCAGACGAACAAGCGCAGAAUUCACCCUCGAUCCACAACCACACACCCCAACCCUCCCACCCCAAUGGAGACCCUUCCUCUCCCUCCUCGGCUUCCUAGUCGCAAUCUCAUGGAUCGCCACAAUCGCCACCGAAGUCGUCUCCCUCCUCAAAACCCUAGGCGUUAUCCUCAACAUCUCAGACUCCUUACUAGGACUGACCGUCUUCGCAGUCGGCAAUUCCCUAGGUGAUCUAGUCGCCGAUAUAACAGUUGCCCGGCUUGGUUUCCCCGUUAUGGCUUUGAGUGCUUGCUUCGGUGGCCCAAUGCUCAAUAUCCUCCUGGGUAUCGGACUGGGUGGUCUAUAUAUGACUCUCAAUGGCAACCAGAGACAGGAUCAGGCCGUGCAGCUUCGAGACGCCGUUGCAAUCCAGGUUCCUUAUGAAAUUGCCAUCUCAAAGGUCCUUGUCAUCAGUGGUGCUACACUGUUGGCUAUCCUUGUUGGUCUAUUGGUUGUUGUCCCAUUAAACAACUGGAAAAUGGACCGCAGGAUAGGCUGGGGUCUUGUUGGUGUGUGGUGUGUAAGUACCCUGGGCAAUGUCAUUGCCGAAGUCCUCACUUGA